AUGCCGCCUACUUUGCCGGCCAGAGGUGGACCCUCCUCAUCGAAGGCCAAGGCGGUAAUGAGGAGUGUUGGGGGGAAGGCGCCACUCGGGGUUGGGAAAGGGAAGGUGGGGGCCAAGAGGCAUAGGAGGAUUUUGAAGGACACGAUUCAGGGGAUUACUAAACCUGCGAUUCGUCGUCUCGCCCGCCGCGGCGGCGUUAAGCGUAUCUCGGGGAUGAUCUAUGAGGAGGUCCGUAAGGUUCUCAAGGAUAGGCUUUCAGUGAUCCUGAAGGAUAUCACUACUUAUACCGAGUAUCGCGGUGCGAAGACCGUCACGGUCGAGGAUGUCAUCUUUGCCCUCCGCCGUAUCGGUCGUCCGAUCUAUGGUUUUGAUCCCGAGACUUAUACUGCCCCUACGACGGGAAUGAAGAGAAAGGCGAUUGCGGGCGCGUCGCAGGAUAUGGAUGAAGACUAAGGUCAUAAAUUCGUCUGUCGAAAAUCUUUCCUAGUUAUUCUGUCAACGGCGUUUUGGGGGUGUGGGAUAUGGACGGAACACAAGGUUGGCGUUUUGGGAGGAUAGGCUGUUGCGGGGAUUUUUCACUCGGUUUAUUUCCUUUGCCGCGGGCAUUUCAAACUACAACGGAUUCUAGAGGGCAAUUGGCAAACCACUGGUUCUUGUCAUUGGGGAUAAACAUGUUGGUCACGGGGCACAUACUAUUUGGGAUGGGAUGGGCCGGCAGGUGUGUGUACACCGAGUUUGCAAGGGUUGCAAUUGUUUUAGGGGAAUUCAAAGUUGGUACCUUAUUGAACCUCACUGCUGGGUUUGUGAUGUGAGCGGGUGUCUCGGGAGGAUUUGUUGACUUCGCAACCCAACCGGAUUGAUGUCAGCCCCCUUUUCAGACUUAUCACCCCAAGACAAGCAUCCCACUCUCUACA